GUGUCUAAAUAUCAUUUGUGGGUCUCAGCCUUAUGCUCUGUUUGGCAGAUAUUGUCUACUAAAUUCCAAAUCCUUCCUCUGCUGUGCAAGAAACCCUACCAUCGCUUCGAAAACAUGAACAGCGAAACCUGUAGAGCAACUACAGCUCCUCAGCUUCUCUCUCCUCAGAACGUCAAAGAUCUUUGCGAUUCUGUUGAUGCUUUUCUCUUCGACUGUGAUGGUGUAAUUUGGAAGGGCGAUAAGCUUAUUAAUGGAGUUCCUGAGACAUUAGAAAUGCUAAGGUCCAAGGGGAAGAAGCUAGUUUUUGUUACCAACAAUUCGUUGAAGUCAAGGAGGCAAUAUGCUGCAAAGUUCCACUCCCUUGGGAUUUCAGUUAAUGAGGACGAGAUAUUCUCUUCAUCAUUUGCUGCUGCCAUGUUCUUGAAGAUAAAUGAUUUUCCUCGAGAAAAGAAGGUUUAUGUAAUAGGUGGGGAAGGCAUAUUGGAAGAGCUAGAGCUUGCUGGUUUUACCGGUCUAGGUGGCCCAGAAGAUGGGAAAAAGACGGUGCUUCUGAAAUCAGAUAGUCUCUUUGAGCAUGAUAAGAGUGUUGGAGCUGUUGUGGUUGGAAUAGACCCACAUAUAAAUUAUUACAAGCUACAGUAUGGAACUCUUUGCAUACGUGAGAAUCCAGGAUGCCUUUUCAUUGCUACCAACCGUGAUGCGGUGGGACAUAUGACUGAUUUACAGGAGUGGCCUGGUGCAGGAUGUAUGGUUGCUGCUAUUUGUGGGUCAACUCAAAAGGAGCCCAUUGUAGUUGGAAAACCGUCAACGUUUCUGAUGGACUUUUUACUACAAAAAUUUCAUAUCGAUACCUCCAAAAUGUGCAUGGUGGGUGACAGAUUGGACACUGAUAUUUUAUUUGGACAAAGUGCUGGCUGCAAAACUCUCCUAGUUCUUUCAGGUGUGACAACUCAAUCUACUCUUCAGGACCCUUCAAACCACAUCCAACCUGAUUAUUAUACUAGCAUGCUGUCUGACGUUCUUAAAUUUUUAGGACCAUGACCCAAAGGUUACAUUAGGAUAUCCAAUUGUGGUGCAUCAACAAUUCAACAUUCAUAAUUAGAAGAUUGAUGCUGUAAUUGCUUUUAAACAAAAAGGUAUUUCCCGCUAUAUAUUUAUACAUUUUGUACGAGUUCGCAUAUUUUAAUUCAAUAAAUGGUUUAUGCAUUUCCUUGCAUUUCAUUUCAUAA